UGAUCAGGCAUCACAGGGUGAUCCAAUAUUCUCUCAUGGCUCCGUAACCUUGUGAAUUUGUUCCGAGUAUUCAUGUAACAGGAUCGAUAUGCCGGGAGUGCCGUCUGGCAAAGGCUGCGAAGCUUGUCGUAAGCAAAAGAAGAAGUGUGAUCAAACAAUACCGAGAUGUUCAAGGUGUAACCGACUGGAUCUGCAGUGUAUCGGAGCUGGUAAACGCCGAUUCAAAUUCGUUACCACAGGCCACGAAAAGAAUGACCAAAAGAGUGAUAUUGGCCAGUGUCCACAUCGAGUAGUGCGGACACCGAGCAGUGAUACAACUACACUUGCUUCCUCUCUGAUAGGAAAGAUCUCUGCCUCAACAGGCGUACGUUUCAAUCUUGCUUGGUCCUUCGGGCCUUUCCUGGAUGACGUGCCUCGAAGACUCGGUAGAAACCAAGCAUUGGACGCAGCCACCAGAGCGCUUGUUACAGCUCAUUCAGACUAUUGUGUUCGACGCCCAGCAUCGACAUACGCCUUGAUCAGGUACUCUCAAGCACUAAGUAGCUUACGCAUAUGUCUUGACGACAGAGCGGAAGCGCAAUCUCCAGAGACGCUUUGCGCCGUAAUGCUGCUCAUGAGCUGCCAGGCGCUCCUCGGGACUACCGAAGAUCGCCGGACUGGCCAUGGCGAAGGUGCGGCAACUCUAUUGAUGAUCAGAGGAGAUUGCAGAUCAGGAGAUCCGUUUGAGCGCAAGCUCCUUGCAUCUCUAUACGCUUCUGUGUUAGUCGAAGGCAUCUUCAACCCCAAAAUUCAGUUCAGCAAUGCUGGUCUGAGACGAUUGGGUGAGCAAUACUUCAACCUCGAGAAUGACACAUGCAGGAUUAUGCACUGUCUGGCUGCUGUUCCAAGCUAUCUCGAUCACAGACACGGAAAGUUGUGCCCCGGGACCUUAUCUGAGGUACAUGCCGAUUACGAGAUUGUACGACAAAUUGCUACAAGAUCCCGCGACGAAUUGAGGCUGGCCGAGGAAUGUUCAGCCCCACAGACGUCAUGUUCUGGUCAAGGGCCGACGACCCAUGCUCACUUCCAACGAAUACACUGCCUCAACCUAAGCGCUGUCAUCUUACUCAAUCGGAUCCGUUUCGCUCUAGAUCAAAAGUCGGACUCGGAUUUGUGUAAGAGCGCAGACGAAAUUGCCCGAGAGAUCUUGUUGCAGGCUCGAGAUGCAUCGCGCUAUGCACCACUCGGAUCUUUGUACUUGAUUGCGUGUCUUUCCAUGGCAUGGCUCGGCGCACAAGAGGAGGAACUGAGGAGCGAUAUCGUAACUACCAUGCGGUCGUACUGGCCUGAAAAGAUGUCGCGGAUAGAAGCCGUCCUUGUCGCUCGAGAAAGACAUCUUUUGAAAUCGUGCAUGUUGGGACUGACUUGAGGAUGGAUUCGAUGGUCGUUGUGUUGGCAUUGCGAUUUGUAGCGCCAUGGUACGCGGAUAUCUCACAUGUAUAACAAGCCUACAUGUCAGUUAAAGUAUCGGUGUUCAACUUCGCAAGUAUUUCCGACACCUGUGCUUUCACAUCAGGACUUUGGAAAGUGACUUCUCUGCCAUUCAAGCGACGACUGGUUGAGAAAUGAGACAUGUAGUUCUUCGCGAGGUUGGUAGCAGCGAUAGCUGAAUUCUACUGUUAACGAGUCGGACAUUUGUCAGAUCCUUUCUCUCAAGGAGGUCACAUAAUCUCGUUAGGGAGAGCUUCCAGUCGAUCGCUCGUGGGAAGAGAAUUUAUCGUGCAGUUCGUCAGGUGUGUGGGAGGCAAGUGCUUGACGAGUGCAGCGACGGACAGAGAACACCCUGCCGAGAAAUGAUCAAUGGCGCAUUGAC